GCGCGAAUUCAUCCAGCGUGAACAUCAUCCAUUCCACUCUUCCACAUAUAUGUCGUUUUAUUUUUCAGUAUUUGCGUUCGUCGGGAAACAUCGUGGGUGUAAAUUAUUGACAGACAUCGUGCACUUCCCCUAAUCCUCUUUAUGCGAAGUAGAAGCGUACAAAGAGGCAUUUUAAUUGACUCCUGCCGAGAUCGUGGAAACCUUCCGGCACACGUUAAAAUGACUAGGUCGAAAAUAGAAUUAGGCGAUGUGACACCGCACAACAUUAAGCAGCUCAAAUUGCUCAAUCAAGUCGUGUUCCCUGUCUCCUAUAAUGAAAAGUUUUAUAAAGAUGUAUUGGAAGCGGGAGAACUUGCCAAACUAGCAUAUUACAAUGACAUAGUGGUUGGAGCGGUUUGUUGUCGUGUAGAUACUUCAGAAAAUUCUAGGCGUUUAUAUAUAAUGACAUUGGGUUGUCUCUAUCCUUACAGAAGAUUAGGAAUUGGCACUGUUAUGGUGCAGCAUGUUUUAAAUUAUGUUAACAAGGAUGGCAAUUUUGAUUCUAUCUUCCUACAUGUUCAGAUAAGCAAUGAAGGGGCGAUUGACUUUUAUAAGAAAUUUGGAUUUGAAAUUGUUGAAACUAAAGAACAUUAUUACAAGAGAAUAGAACCAGCAGACGCGCAUGUGUUGCAAAAGACACUGCGUCCCAGAGCAAAUCAUCAAACGGUCAACUAAUAAGUAGCAUUUUUCAUUAAUUUAUCUUAUAAUUUAAAAUUUACAUACGUUUCCAUGUUCUGU